AUGUUACUACGAUUACCUAAGAGCCUUCAUUACCCUCUCACAAUCACGAAGGUCGAGAAACGGGUUGGCGAAUACGUCACCCGGAACGAUGACUUGUUCCUCUAUUCCUACACCACCAGAGUGAAGCAGGGUAGUCGUUACGACGACGAAGAGCAAGAGGUGGACAAGAAGUUUGUGACCCACUUUCCGAGCACACUCGAAGGUACAAUCAAGGGGUGGAGGGUGUGGGAGGGAGAUGUCUUAACUCACCCGGUCGACAUAUGUGAAAUCGAAGAGGAAUGUCCGCAUACCGUCCAAUUCCUGGGUAUGUGUACCAACUGUGGCAAGGAUAUGACCAGUGUCCAGGCUGGGAGCGAAACCACCGAUGCCGAUCGCGCACCCAUCCGCAUGACCCACGACACUCCACAUUUGACCAUCAGCCGGGAAGAAGCGAGCAAGAUAGAUGAAGAAGCCAAGCGACGCCUCCUAUCAACGCGAAAGCUCUCCCUGGUGGUGGAUUUGGAUCAAACGAUCAUCCAUGCUGCUGUCGAUCCCACCAUAGCCGAAUGGCAGAAGGACAAGGACAAUCCGAAUUACGAAGCUGUUAAAGAUGUCCGCGCGUUUCAGCUCAUCGAUGACGGGCCGGGCAUGCGAGGUUGUUGGUACUACAUCAAAUUAAGGCCGGGGUUGGCCGUGUUCCUCGAAAAUAUCUCCCAACUGUACGAACUCCACAUCUACACCAUGGGGACGCGACAAUAUGCCCAGCACAUCGCAGACAUCGUCGAUCCUGAACGGAAAUAUUUUGGCGACCGAAUUCUAAGCCGAGAUGAGAGCGGAAGCAUGGUGGCCAAGAAUCUCGAAAGACUCUUCCCGGUCGAUACGAAGAUGGUGGUCAUCAUCGACGACAGAGGCGAUGUCUGGAAGUGGAGUGCCAAUCUCAUUCGGGUCACUCCUUUUGACUUUUUUGUCGGGAUUGGCGACAUCAAUUCAAGCUUUCUGCCCAAGAAGCAAGAGAUGCAGAGUACACCAAAGUCCGAGAUCAAGAAGGCGGGGGGACAUGGUGCCGAAAACAGUGCAAAUGGCGAGGUGGAAUCCAAUGGGGUUGCCGAAGAUGGAACAUCUACCAUUCAAAAUGGGACUUCCGCCCUGGAACAGCUCAUGGCCAUGAGCGGUGGAGAUGACCCGGCUGUACGAGAAUUGCAGACCAAGGGUCAAGAGGAGAUCAUCACGUCGCAGCUGGAAGACAAGCCUUUACUCAAGAUGCAGCUGGAACAGGACGAAAAGGACGAGGCAGAAGCCGCGGCCAAUGGUGACUUGGCCGCCUCUCAAUCUACCGAAUCCGACUCGAGUGAUUCUUCUGAUUCUUCAGAAAUGACGGCCUCUCCAAAAGCUAAAGCUCGCCACAGUAUCUUGAAGAACGACGACGAGGAAUUGAUUCAUCUGGAAUCGAGUCUAACAGCCGUGCACACGGCAUUUUUUACCGAGUAUGAUCGGAAGCGAUUAUCAGGAAAGGGUGGUCGCGUUGCCGAACUUACUGGAAAGCGAAAGGCCCCUCUGCCACACAGCGACGACGACGACGGAACGCCUGUGGACUUAAUUUUCGUCCCCGAUGUCAAGAAAGUCAUGCCAGCCAUGAAGAUGAGAGUCCUCUCCGGCGUCACGAUUGUAUUUAGUGGGGUGUUGCCCCUUGGGACCGACAUCCAGAAUGCGGAUAUCAGUACAUGGGCGAAGACAUUUGGGGCCACCAUUACAGAAAAAGUUUCUCGAGACGUCACGCAUGUAAUUGCGGCUCGGCCGGGAACUGCUAAAGUAAAGCAAGCAGUAAAACGAGGAAUAUUGGUCGUUGGGACCCCAUGGUUGAUUGAGUCCAUGCAACGUUGGCGCAGAUUGGAUGAAAGACCCUACCUGCUAGAAGGCGUUGGUAAGCAGAAGCACGACGCAUCGAGCGACAUCGGUGGCGACACACUGGACAAGCCCAAUGUCACCACCAACGAUUUUCUUCUCAGUUCUUCGGAAGAAGAAUCGACCGGAUUGGAUACAGAAGACGACCAACCAGCACGAAAGAAGUUGAAGUUGGAUAUCAACCCUGACAAGGCUCCUGAAACUGACGAAUUCGAGGACUUGAUUGUUGAUGAUGGCAGCCCCAUAACAAUCAAUGAAGAUGAAUGGGCAGACAUCAACGCCGAACUGAAAGAGUUUAUGGGCAGCGACGCCGAGAGUGAGAGUGAUACCGACUCGGUCAAUUCGGUUUUGAGUCUUCGGGGGCGUCGUGGGAGCAAGAGAAGAAGAGAUGGGGAUGAGGAUGAAGAUGGUGAAAUCUCGGCGACAGCCCAGACGUCUCGGAGAAAUGGCCCCGGUAGUGGUCUCAAAACCGUGGCCAACAUUGAAAGCGAGCGGGGGUCACGAGCAACAAACACUCCAGAUGUGGAGCAGACAGAUGAUCAGAUACGACAGGAACAACGAGAGGUUGAGGAAGCACAAGAACGUGAAGAAUCAUCAGAAGAAGACUCAGAUGAUGAAUUGGCACGAGAACUGCAGCGGGAGCUUGAAGAGGCUGACGCUGACGAGGAAAAUCCUGAGGAAUCUGCAUCAUGA